AUGGAAAAGGUAGGUUCUUGGGACAGAAAGAUCGUCAUCAAUGAGCUAACACAAGGUAGAGACCUCGCAACCGAACUGAAAAACCAACUUCAGCCCGCAAAAUCGCGCGAGUCGUGUGGGUAUUUGGUGGAGAAAAUACUUUCAUCAUAUGAUAAUGCAUUGUCAUUGCUCAACUGCAUGGCUUUACUUGAAAAUCCUUCACAGAUUAAUGGUUUGUUGGGGUCAGCUAGUCCAGGAAGUAGUGAAGGUUCUGAUCUUAUUGAUUCGAAAAAUCAUGUCACCAAGGAAAGAAAGACAUUAGCAAAAUGGAGUGAGCAAGUGAGGCUUGGCAGUGGAACAAGGCUAGAAGACCCUUUUGAUGAUGGAUAUAAUUGGAGAAAAUAUGGGCAGAAAGUUAUUCUUCGGGCUAAAUUUCCAAGGGCUUAUUACAGAUGUACUCAUCGAAAUACACAAGGAUGUUUAGCAACAAAACAUGUUCAGAGAACAGAUGAAGACACUUCGCUUUUCGAGGUCACUUAUACGGGAAGACACAGUUGUAUUCAAGAAAGCCUAAAACAGAAGAGAGGAAAUUCUCUAAUGUUAAAGAAUGAUGGAGGAGAGAAAAAAGAAAUCCAAAGACAUGAAAGACACAGUUGUAUUCAAGAAAGCCUAAGACAGAAGAAAGGAAAUUCUCUAAUGUUAAAGAAUGAUGGAGGAGAGAAAAAAGAAAUCCAAAGACAUGAAGUUCAUCAAGAAAUGAUCAUUCUUAAAAAUGAAACUCAAGAAUUGGAUACGAAGAAAGAAAUUUUCUCUUCCUCUGAAUUCUUUUCAGAGCCUGUUAAGGAAAGCAAUUUUUCAGCAAGUUAUUCGUUUCCAUUUUUAUCUUCAGCGACGUCCGAGUCAUACUUCUCAAGGAUGAACAAUUCCGAGUGUCAUCACAAUUUGCAAACUUCAGAAUCAUAUUUCACUGAGAUAAUUUCGGAUCCAACAUCUGUUGCUAGCUCCACAUUCGAAGACCUGGAUUUCUCAAUUGAUCCAGUGAUUUUUGACCCUAAAUUUCUUGAAACAGUAGAGCAUUUGUAA